CUUCGGAAACCCUAGCGCCUUCUCUUCUUAGUCCCUCAGUAGCAGUCGAAGAUGCCGCCGAAGUUCGAUCCCACUCAGGUUGUGGACGUCUACGUCCGAGUCACCGGCGGCGAGGUCGGCGCGGCGAGUUCGCUCGCUCCGAAGAUCGGUCCUCUCGGUCUCUCCCCAAAGAAGAUCGGAGAAGACAUUGCCAAGGAGACCGCCAAGGACUGGAAGGGCCUCCGCGUCACCGUCAAGCUCACCGUUCAGAACCGCCAGGCCAAGGUCUCCGUUGUCCCCUCCGCCGCCGCUCUUGUCAUCAAGUCCCUCAAGGAGCCGGAGCGCGACAGGAAGAAGACAAAGAACAUUAAACAUAAUGGCAACAUCUCUCUCGACGAUGUGAUCGAGAUAGCCAAGAUCAUGCGGCCCAGAUCGAUGGCGAAGGACCUCUCCGGGACCGUGAAGGAGAUCCUCGGCACUUGCGUCUCCGUCGGGUGUACGGUCGACGGCAAGGAUCCCAAGGACUUACAGCAGGAAGUGACGGACGGAGAUGUCGAAAUUCCGCAGGAUUGAGCUGGUCAGCCGAUUGCCCCCGCUUCCGUGAGAGAAAAAACCUUAUUUGUUUUUUCCUUUUUUUUUUUUUUUUUUACUUCAUUUCCUUUCUUUUGGGUUUAGAUACUUCGGGUUUUGUUUAAUUUAUGCGCUUUUUAGAUGAUUUGGAAAACUCAGAACUCGCUUUCGUAAGAUGAUUACAAUCACUAUUUUGAAGGUAAUUAGAUAAAUUUGGGAGA